AUGAGGCGAAAUGACCCAGUCAGCCGCGCAUUUAUACAAAAGGCUUCCAUGUACUCGUCACAAGUGUUCAUAUUGGUAAGAGACGGCAAGACAGGCCGCAUCCUUGUAGAGCCCCCUGAAGAAGAAUUAUGGCUCGUCCGCCAAAGGUCCGGUUAUGGACGUGCAUCACGGUCGGAAUGGGAGACUAUCCGGUACGUUGGCCCACGGUUCUUCGAGGAAAUGGAGCGCCAUCGCAGUUUCAGAUUGGGGUUCGACGAUUACUAUGACAUUUACAUCUGGAACUCCAACCCCAAGGACGAGCGGGAUCUUCUCUACAAAGCUCGUCGGGUCCGCCGGCCAGAGGACUUCUACAGUGAAGCAGCCCCAUAUUUGAAGACAUUGACCGUCGACAAGGGUAGUUUUCGAGCCCGUGAUGUCCGAGAAAAUGAAAAUGUCCCUACAAUCUGGGACGAAACGCAGGAGAGUUGUAACGUUUUUUCAAUGACAAUGCCUGAUAGUCAGAUCUUGAAAACGAUGCCAAAACAGCUCGUGUACACUGAAGCGGAUGCUCUUGAAGAUGCAAUCCUUUUUCCCGAGGAGAAUGACGGAGCUCCUCGCCGCCGUCGUUUCAAAGCACUCGAGAGUGAGCUGUCAAGGUUCGAGGAUGCUCGAUCCGCAACAGUCGUGCUCGACCAAUGGAUCAACAACGACGGCCAACCAGAACUUGCUGAUUCCGACAACCCUGACAUGGAUUCUGCUUACGACUCUGAGGAAGAAGAUGACGACCCGGAGCCGCACGACAAAGAAUGGACGGAUGUUGAGCCAGAUAACGACGAGAAUGACCAUAUGGAUCGAGAGUUGCUCGAGAGACUGGUUCGCCAGCUUGACAAGACAUCCGAGAUCCUGGAUUCCUUUCCUCCUUAUCUAGCCCCCAACGAGUUUGAUGAGCUUGACGAGUCCGAGGAUGAGUUUGAUGUUGAGGACGAUUUUAUGAUGUUUGUGGAUUUGUGGAAAUCGAGGAUAUUCAAAAAAGCCUGGCACAAUUCUGAUCUGGAGCCAGGUGCUCAAGCUCGCUGGGAGGAAUAUAUUGCCCUACGGGCCGAAGCUACGGAGGACUUUAUCGUCAGGGAGAACACCUGCGUGCCAUGUGCACAGAUGUUGAAAUUCCUCGACUAUCACCCGGAAACACACAGUCGCGUGAUGAGGGACGCUGUGCGAGCCUACAUCAUCGUAUGGCUCUUCAGCUCUAAAGCUCCUGCUUUUUUCAACAGCAAAGCAGGUUCCAAGUUCAAAUCGUCCAAGCUGUUUACACAAGAAGAACGUUCCAAGGAGCCACCGGAUCGCCGAAGUGGUCAAAGUUGUCGAUAUAGAGAUGAUUCGUUUUACCACGAUCUUGAUAAGCAGCUCGUCGAUUACCAACGCGGCCCUUUCAAGGAUGACUACAGUGAAUUGCCCUACGAGUGGGACAUGGUUAUCCGACCAAAGAUUGCUCAAUUUUUCAAAAACGGGCUCAUCCACGCCGCCCAUAAGCCUUUCGAGCAGGUUCUCGGAACAGCAUUUGCAGCGCAAGAAGAAGGACGACCGCACGAUCUCUUCUUUGAUUUCCGUGGCUGGAUGAAGCAACUCAACAUGAACAAGGCCCUGAGCAAUCCCUACGACAUCUCCAUCGACUCGCUUCGGCAGGAUGCCACCAACUUCGCCAAACGUUGGCCAAGGGCUAAGUUCGCUCUUCUUCGGCUGUGGUCGGCGCCUCACUUCUACCCUUACAUGCUCGGUCCCAACAACCGAGACAUGAAUUCCUUUGUGGACGCCAUUGGCCGGACUUGGACAUGGAAAUUCCUUCCAAAAGACAUGGCAUUCUCGGAGUGGAGUGUCCAUUACAAUGUGACCGAGAGGCUGAGACCAUUUAUGGAUCGGUUUCGCUUUUUCGGCGAUCCCAAAGUCCGAGUCAGAAAGGACGUGGUACUUGUCAUGGGUGCGAAUGAGGAAGAACUUUUGAAGCUUGCGGCUUCGGUGACUUUCCUCAUUCAGACAAGACCUUGGAGAACGGAGAUCGAUUUCUGGAAGAGCUUCGUUAAUGUCGACGAGCAGUUUUUGACGAGUUUGCAUGAGGUUUGGUGGGCAUAG